CUAAGAGUUCAUCGAAAACCUUGUACUUCUUAACUAGAACCUAAAGUGAUAUCAAUCAGAUGAGUAAUUCAAAUACGAAUUCUCAAGUCUUCAAUCCAAAAGAUUGCGAAGAUCAAGAAAUCAAAGAAAAAAAAUUAUAUAUUCCGGAUUAUUUAGCACAAGCAUUAUGCGAACAAACUAGUCAGCCGUCGAAAAAAAAAAAAAGUGCAUUUUUUGGCGGUGAUUCGUCUAAUUGUCAUGUUGAAACAUUACGCACUUUAUGUGUGCAAAAUUUGCCUGAAUGGACAACAGAAUAUGAUCUUAAAACUUUAUUGAGUCGUUCCUCUUCAGUUGCUCUUGAAUUUAGUUUAAAAACUGGUGCAACUCCUGAUACAAAUCGUUUCAUAAAGCAUAUUGAUAUAGUUAGAAAUAAUGAUACAGGAAAUUGUGUUGGUUACGCGUAUGUGGAAUUUUUUGACCACACAAGCGCAUCCGAGCUACUAAAAACUCUAUCGGAAACGAACGUCUACUUCCCUGGUUCGAAUAAAUUGUUGGCAGCUGGCUGGAGUAAAAACAAUUUUAAACCUUUAAGCUUACUCGAUAGUUACGAUUAUUAUAUUGGAAAUUUACGUUCUGGAGUAACAGAAAAAUGUGUUUUCAAUGCACUUAAAUCAAUUCAUUCAGGAAUAGCCUCUGUUCGCUUACUCCCUCAAGAAAUCUUAGGUUGUGCACCUACUUAUGUAUCAAAUACAAAACUGAGCGCUUGUCAAGACAAAACAAAUGAAAAAAAUUUAUGCGUAUUUAAUGCGUUUUAUCAUCUAGAAGGUUCAGGAAAAGAAAAAAACAAACAGUUUCUUAGUCAAAACGUCAAUAAAUGUGAGGAGAGUGGCGACACGCCAUGCUCAAAAGAUCAAAGAUGGAGUUGUGGUUUUGUACGUCUACAAGAAAAAUUUGUUCCAGAAAGCAAAACGAUACUUGAUUGCCUUCAAAAAGGACUUAAAAUGGAGGCAGCCAAUAUUUUAUGUCGUAACGUUAUGCUGUCAGUGCAGUCCAGUUGUAUGAAGGAAUGUAAAUAUGUUCGUACAGGUAUUUUGCUUAUUUCUCUUUCCAGUAAGUUUGGUGAUGAUACAACCAAUGCCAAUCGCGGAAGCGCGUCAAGUUUAAAAACCGAUUUACAUUCUCGCAGUGGCGGAGACUCAAAGCGUGCAAAACUUAUUACUCAUAUACCUUCGAUUGAAUAUCAAAAAUUUUUGUUUGUUAGUAAUUUGUGCGAAGAUGAAAACGAGGAAACGUUAGGGUCCCUUUUUUCACCUUUUGGUCAUAUUGUAUCUCUUCGUAUAAUAAAUUUAAAGCGCGUCGCGUUUGUUGAACUAAGUGACCAUCGAUGUGCUCAAGCGGCAUUAUGUCAUUUAUCGGGAUGUUGGUACCGAGGACUAAAAUUAUAUGUGACUUGGGGACGUAAUGGUGGAUUAGCCUUGAAAUCUAUAACGAAACCUUCUGUUGAGUCAAACACCGCUAAACAAAGUAGUUUUGUUUUACAAGAGAAAAGCUAUGGAGCUAGUCUACUACAAGCUAUGCAACCUCAGUACCAAGCUCCAGAGAUCUCAGUAAUAGAAAAUGAUGAAUUAGAUGACAUUAAUAAACGGAAAUUAUAUUUAGCUAGUUUAUACGCUGCCUUGCCACAAUAAGACUAUUAAGGAUAUUUCGGAAAAAUGAAUGAAGUUUGGUAUACACGAGCUCUCUUAUAAUUUAAAAAACGAAAUCGCACCGCGCAUACAUAGCCCAAGGAAAUUUUUUUCUUAAUGUCUGAUCAUUAAAAAAAAAAAAUUAGUGAUUUUAAUGGCUGGUCUUUG